UUCCCACUAUUCUGCAAAGCUAGUCUAUUUUCCAAUUUGCACUCACACCCGCACACCAACUUUUAAUUUAGCAAAAAGAAAUAUUUAUACACAACUCUUAUCGUCUAAAACAGUGAAAAAUAUAUAAUUUUAAAUAGUACCUAAUCGAAAUUCCAAUAUCUCUAAACCCACCUUCAAAUUUAAUUACAACCUCAACCAUCAAUUUAAUUAAAAUCUAAAAAUUAUGUAGUUAACACAAAUGUGUGAGAGAAAAAAAAAUAUAUAUUUUUGCAAAUCAAAUCGAAUCACCAUAUUCCGUCUAGCUCUCGUUCGUCCAAAAUUUACUAUCUCUUUCGAACAUGCUUUUGUUUUCCAUUUACUGAAUGCAAAUAAGUGAGAAAGAUACAUCAACACCACUACCACCGGUUUAAUUCAGAGAAUCGAAGGAAAAAAUUUCCAAUUAGAAAUGUCUCGCUCUGCGGAUUCUGUUGGUUGUAGGGAUAAUCUAGUCGGCAAAGUACAUAUAUAUUUAUCUAUUAUACAUUAUGCAAUAACCCUAGCGACCGCCGAUGUGCUAUUAUAAAAAAGAACAAGUGAACUCCGUUCCGUUGUAAAUAAACAUAUCUCAAACCCAAGAAACAAAAAGUAUUUUAUGUAUUUAAACAGAUAAGCAAAGCAACAAAAAAAAAAUCGAUAAACCAACCAUUUUUUUUUUUUCAUUCCAAGAUUCCAAUAAGAAAAAAAAAGAAAAAGAACAUUUCUCUACGAUUUUUGUGUGUCUGCAAAGUGUCAAAUGUCAAAUCGAACAACUACUGAAUUUACUCAUUUGCUGUCAUCCUAGAGUAUUUAUUUUCUUUUUGUUGUUUUUAUUUAUUUUUUAAAUGCCAUUCUUUGGCUCCAAGAAAAAUAAUAAUAGUUUGCAUUAAAAAUGCAUUUCUUUGUGUUUUGUAAACAGAAAAUUAAAUAUUAGCAGUGGCAAAGUGAUGGCAAGAGCGCUGAAAUAGAACAUACAAUAAAUAUCCUCACAUGCGCGUUAGUUGUCUUUUUUUAUUUUUAUUUUAUUUUUUCGACAAUAUUAUUAAAGUUUUUUGUGAAACAAAAAUUAACAACAAACAUUGUUUGAUAAAACCUAUUAAUAGAGAAAAUAACAUUAAACCAAUUAGUGUUUGCAACAAAUUAUGGAAUCUGAUCCCAAUGGGAUAAAGAUCGAACCACCCACAGAACAACAAUAUUCGCACUUGCUUGGUUUGAAUGGCGCCAAUGGGCGCCUUAUUAUCGAUCAUCCCUCCACAUUGUUGUCGCUUGCCGCUGCACAAUCUCACCAUCAUCUUCCACCGCAUCUUCAACAGCACCAUCAGCAGCAAUUGCAUCAACAACAACAACAACAACAAGAACAACAUCAUUUACAACAACAACAACAUUCAAUUCAACAUCAUCAGCAACAGCCUACGCAACAACCUCCGCCACUGGAUGUAAGCACAAAUUCACUAGAAAACACUGUAGUUGGUGGCAUACCGCCCGGACCAAGCAGUUUAUCAUCCUUAUCGCCAUAUCGUAGUAUUACCCCACUGUCCGCCUCCGGCAAGCAACGCUGGAACGAAAGUCCCGAAGCCCGAGCACGCCGCUUAGCCCGAAAUGCUGAAAGAAUGCGCGAAAGACGUUCACGUGAAUCCGACGACGAGUAUCGCAAGCGUCUAUCGCGUAAUGCCGAAGCGAAUCGAAUGCGACGACAAAACGAAUCCGAAAUGGAGCGUGCCAUGCGGCUAGUACGAAAUGCCGCACGGCAGAGACUACGACGUGCUAUGGAAACGCCCGAUCAACGGGCCAAACGUCUACAAAAACUUGCCGAACGAAUGCGUCUUUAUCGUGCUAAUGAAAGUCCAGAUCAAAGGAAGAUGCGGUUAGCUGAGAUGGCGGCACGCGCUAGACAGCGCAUCGCCAGCGAGACAACGGAUGAGCGCAAGGAAAGACUGAAAAAAUUGAACGAGUAUGCAAAAAAGGAAGUGACUAGUCCUAGAACAUCCCUGCAGCAGGAUCGGCAGCAGCAUGAUCAACAACAUCAACUCCAACAUCAGAAUCAACAUCAAUCGGAACAGCAAUUGCCUUCGCAAUACCAGCACCAGACAUUGGCAAAUUCUAUUGAAUAUUAUCAAAAUAUGUUUAUGAGCCCAUCGGUGCGUCCUGGUAAUGUAUUGCUUUCAAAAGAUUCUCCCACAGCAGCAGGUCAGCAUCAUCAGCAGCAUCAGAAUCAACAACAUUCGUUGCGGUAUAAUUCAAAUAGUUUAUCACUUGAUUCCGAAUCGAAUAGUUUGUUUCAACAAAGUUUAUAUGAAGAUCACAAGCAAAGCUUGUCGCAACAGCCAUCGAAAGUUCCGCAUGUAACUAGCUUUGGUACGCUUGCCAGUUCAAUCGAAUACUAUCAGAAUAAAUUCAUCAAGAAGCAGGAACUUCCAGAUGUUAACAGUGUUAAAGUACUGCCACUUCCGCUUCAGAUUGACGAGGAUAAAUUAAAUAAACUUAAAAGUUCACCAAACUCUGAAGAGCCUAAUAGUUUUCAACAUCAGCAACAGCAGCAACAGCAUCAAGUUCAAAACCCGCCCACCCCUCUUUACAAUCAGUUCUCAUACUUGUCGACCUUUCCCGGUGGCUCGGUUUUAAAUCCCCCUCCAGGUACAUCGCCUUCUCCUUGUCCGUCGACACCAACGAGUUCGCAGCAACCAUCUGCCUACUAUCCAAUGUAUCAUAAUGGUUUUCAGUUAGCCAUAGCUCCGAAUACUGUUCCUCCCCCGUUUACUCCUGUUCAUUUCCCUCAAGGAUCUUCUCAAACACCAAGUCCGUCGUCGUCACAGUCGCCCAGUCCGUAUAAUUUACUUACGAACUCUACUCUCGCAGCUGUAGCAACAACGGCUACGACUUCAUCGACGACAGCAACAGAAACUCCUCAAUUACAACAACAAUUGAUUCAGGAUUUUCCAAAGCCGGUCCGCGGUCGCCCUAGAAAACUCUAUGCCGACAAUAGUCUGCCACCAGAUUUGCAGGAAGAAGCAAUUCUGAGGCAGCAAAAAGCCAAUUCUUUGCUCGAGCAAGAGAUUAAUCAAAUGCUGGCCGUAGCAGCUGCAGCAUCAUCAACGACAACAUCAAACAAUAACAACAACAAUAUAAAGCAAGGUAGGCGCCGCGGACGUGGUCAAGAAACAGAUGAAGAAAGACGAAUACGAUUAGACAGAAUGGCUGCUCAUCAGCGUGCUGUGCGCGCUAACGAGAGCCUAGAUCAGCGAGAAAUUCGACUGAGAAAUUUGAGUGCUAGAGCACGCAUGAAGCGUGCCCAAGUGCGAGCCACGGAAAACGAGAACGAACGAAAACAACGCCUUGCCAAACAGGCUGAAUAUGCUCGAUUAAGAAGACUUCGGGCGCAAGCACCUGAAAAUAAAAAGCUCAUUGAGGAGCGUGCUAAACAAUUGUACGCACAAUUGCACAAUUUGACAACAAUGCCACAAGAAUCAACACACGAACAGGAACUAACACUAAACAGCAGCACACAAAAUAAUUUAACACAGGAGCAGCAUAAUUUAAUUAUGCUACAGCACCAACUCCAUCCGACAUCGUCGUCUUCUGCACAACAACAACAGCACCAUCUACAACAACAAAUAAAUGUUAUUACUAAUGGGGGCGGCGGUAAUGGUGAGGAAUUCGCAAAGAAUCCUGGCAAGGAUUUUGGUCAAUCCGAAAAUAACGAUGUAUUAAAAAUUUUAGAACCCAUUAUAGUUAUGAAAACUAAGUAACAUUUAAGAAAAAAAAAAUUUUAAAUGCAGACGUAUAUAAGUAUAAUAAAAAAUAAAGCAUAAUAUUAAUACAAAUACAUAUAUGUAUCUAGGUGAUUAAGUAGUGACUAACUAAUGUGUAUGUAAACGUAGGGAAAAUAAAACAAAAAAAAAAUAAGCAGAGAAAAUUAAAAAAAAAGAAUAUACCUAACAAUAAAACAAAAGUCAAUAAUUUUUUAAAAGUAGAAAUGAAUGCUUUUCUUUUUGGAAUUUUCAAUUUUUAGGGGAUCACCAUCACAAAUGGAAAAGAGAAUGGGCAAAUUUGUAUGGAACAACGUGGACAUUACGCGGCCAUUAAUAAAUUUGUUAUUUUAUGAUGUAAAUAAGUCUUCCAUAAUAUGUUGUGCAGAAGUUGUAUCCUUGUGAUGUACUUCAGAAAUGAAUAAGAUACAUUUUUGCAUUUAACACUUUAUAUAGAUUGUCUCAAUGUUGUAACUUUAAUAUGUACUUUAAGUGCAAAAUAUGAUGCUCCGUCAUUUUUCCAGAGUCUGAAGAGACCUUUAUCUUUAAUAUCCAACUUAUAGAACACAAACAAUAAGCUUUUUAAAUCA